UAUAAUUGCCACUUUGCCUCAAUACUUACUAUCAUCAUUCAUCAUAAAACAAAUUAAAAAUCACAUAUUCAGAACCAAGAAGGCAUGGCCAACAAGAUCGCUCUUGGAACCACCAGAGAGGCCACCCAGCCAGAUUGCAUUCAGGCCCUCGUGGUUGAGUUCAUAACCACCUUCCUCUUUGUCUUCGUCGGCGUUGGUUCCGCCAUGGCCGCUGACAAGCUGAGUGGAGAUGCGCUGGUGGGCUUGUUUGCCGUGGCCGUGGCACAUGCACUUGUGGUGGCUGUCAUGAUUUCAGCCGGUCAUAUCUCCGGCGGGCACCUCAACCCUGCCGUGACCCUUGGGCUGCUGGUCGGCGGGCACAUCACGGUGGUCCGAUCGGUCCUUUAUUGGAUAGAUCAGUUGGUGGCAUCUGCAGCAGCUUCUUACCUUCUUUACUACCUUUCCGGAGGACUGGCAACUCCGGUUCACACUCUAGCAAGUGGAGUUGGGUACACUCAAGGGGUGAUUUGGGAAAUAGUGUUGACUUUCUCGUUGUUGUUUGCUGUCUAUGCAACUAUGGUGGAUCCAAAGAAAGGAGCUCUCGCUGGACAUGGGCCCACACUUGUUGGGUUCGUUGUUGGGGCCAACAUUCUCGCUGGUGGGGCCUUCUCUGCGGCCUCAAUGAACCCAGCAAGAUCUUUUGGGCCUGCAUUGGUCGCUGGUAACUGGACUGAUCACUGGGUUUAUUGGGUUGGGCCUCUCAUUGGUGGAGGCCUUGCAGGUUUCAUGUAUGAGCAUUUCUUCAUUGACCGUACCCAUGUUCUGAUCCCUCGUGAUGAAGAAAACUAAUAUGAAAAUUGUAUUUUGGAUUUCAAACUUGCACUUUCCUUUUACUUGCUUCUAUAUAUAUAUGGUGGUGUAUUUUAUUUCUUGAUCAUCUAGUCUUUCUUUUCUUUAUUAGUGUAAUUUGUGUAUUAGGUGUUGAGAAUGUCUCCUUUAUGUAUAAUUAAUUAAUUAUUACUUAGUGAUCUUCUCCUAAUAAAACUUGAGUAGUUGAGUUUAA